AAUGAAAUAUGAAACAGAAACAUCGAAUUGUGAAAUUCAGUGAAAUUCGAACACAGCUGUCUUUUGAGUGGAAAAACGAGGGAAACUCUGGAAAAGUUUUUACUGAACUCUCUCCAAGGAAUUGCUGCCGAAGAUGGCUCAGCAGGUGCAUAAGAAGCAGAAGGCGGUCGAGGAGCCCGCCCAAGCGGCUCAGGCUGUCGAGGAAGAAGAAAACGAACUCGAUGGACCGCAAAUGAUUGCAAAAUUAAUCAACACAUCCGUGGGAAUAACAGCUGGGGAUAUCAAAAAACUCCAAGAGGCUGGAUUUUACACUGUAGAAGCCGUAGCUUUUGCAUUGAAAAAGAAUCUCCUGGCUGUCAAGGGAAUUUCCGAGGCUAAGGCUGAGAAGAUCCUAACGGAAGCAGGUAAGCUUGUGCCUAUGGGCUUUACCACGGCUACUGAGUAUCAUCAGAGACGCUCGGAAAUUGUCCAGCUGUGCACGGGUUCUAGGGAGUUGGAUAAACUCCUUGGCGGAGGGAUAGAAACAGGAUCAAUCACUGAGAUUUUUGGGGAAUUCCGUACUGGGAAGUCCCAGAUUUGCCACACACUCGCAGUCACUUGCCAGUUGCCUGUGAGUCAGGGAGGAGGAGAGGGUAGGUGCCUCUAUAUCGACACAGAAGGCACCUUCCGCCCGGAGAGGCUUCUUUCCGUGGCUGAACGGUACAAACUCAAUGGGAAUGAGGUACUGGACAAUGUUGCCUUUGCCAGAGCCUACAACUCUGACCAUCAGCUCAGUCUUCUCUCCCAGGCGGCCGCUAUGAUGAUAGAAUCCAGAUAUUCCCUCCUGAUUGUGGACAGUGCCACAGCCUUGUACAGAACAGACUACCAGGGCCGUGGAGAGCUCUGCAAUCGUCAGACUCACCUGGCACAGUUCAUGAGGACUCUCCUGAGGCUCGCUGAUGAAUUCGGCGUGGCCAUUGUGAUCACCAAUCAAGUGGUAGCCACGGUGGAUGGAGCUGCGAUGUUCAAUCCUGAUCCCAAGAAGCCCGUUGGAGGCAAUAUUAUCGCCCAUGCAUCAACAACGCGGCUUUAUCUCCGGAAAGGACGCGGUGAGACGAGAAUUUGCAAGAUUUACGAUUCCCCCAAUCUCCCAGAAUCCGAAGCAGUCUUUGCCAUUAAUCCAGACGGAAUCGGUGACCCAAAAGAGUGACUUAUUCUAAUCAAUUACUUUGUACUUUGAUGUAUCUGAUCACCGACGUCUUACCAGUUAAUUUGAAAUAAAAGGAGUGAUUUUGAAUUUGACAAAA